UCAAUCGAGCAUCGGAUUGGCGAUCGACCCACUAACUUACAUAAGAUGAAAAAACUUGCGCAGUUAUGGGUGAAGACAGGGAAUACAGCAAGACUCUCAAUAAACCUGGGAUUUAUUCUGAGAUGAAACUACAGGCCGUACUUUGCAUCUUGCUCCAGCUCAUUUUUGAGCUUUCAUCAUGCACAUAUCUCCGGGUGACACCUGGUUCCACUCUGGAGCUGCCAUGUCUCUCAUUCCAAAGUGACUUCACUGCAGCCACCAUCACCUGGCAAUUCAAUGGUAAAGAUAUAAGUGAGCACCCGUAUGGCUCAGUUACAGUCAAAAAAGAUGGCUUGUAUCUCUCUAUAUCCCCCGUGACCGCUGCCAAUGAGGGAAACUAUGUGUGUGUGAUGAAGGAUGACCAAGUCGAGAUGAUAAGGAUGUACAACAUCACAGUUGAUGCAUCAAUUGGCUAUACCAUUAAGGUAAUCAAAGGCUCAUAUGUGAGGCUCCCAUGUAAUUUUCCACCUGGCAGUCCAAGUGUGGCCAAUGCACUGUGGUUCAGAGAGACAGAUGACGGCGGAAGGGUGAUGCUGAAUCUUCAAGACGAGGAAAAUAAUAAACUGGAGCUGCUUUAUCCACUUGACCAUGAUCAGACCCUCAUACUCAGAGACACUGCCAUGGACGAUGCUGGAAUUUACACUUGUGAAUCUACAGAUGGGAAGAAGCUCAGCACCAUUUACAUUAUUGUUGAAGUACCUCCUACUGAGACUCCUCACACAUGUGAGGGCUUUACCACACCAUGGGAGCCGUGCCAGGACCAGAACAGUCGCACAGGGGAACCCAUGUUACAGGAGUCCAUGGCAGAGUUUUCCAUGAAGCUCUAUUCUUACCUCAGACAGUCAGAUCCCUCUGGCAACUUGCUCUUCUCUCCUAUCAGCAUCAGUGGGGCACUCUCCCAUUUGUUGCUAGGUGCAAGGGAUAACACCCGCAAGGCCAUCGAGAGGGCAGUCUGUGUGCCUCAUGAGUUCCACUGUGUUCACUUCCAGAUGAAGAGGCUGAGAGAGAGGAUGGCAAGCUCCUUGCAGAUGGCUUCUCAGAUCUUCUAUAACCCACAAAUGAAUCUGAGUGAAUCCUUUACUAACCAGUCCAUUCAGUUCUAUGACGUAGAGCCCACCAGGCUGCUGGAGAACAGCGAGGAGAACACACGGAUGAUCAACAGCUGGGUGGCAAAUAAAACCAAAAAUAAAAUCACACAGCUGGUUGACUCUGUUUCACCCAGUACACAGCUGAUUCUGCUCAACGCCGUCUCUUUUAGUGGUCAAUGGAAGGUCAAGUUUGAUGAGAAACAAAAGAAGGGUCAUUUCACAAAACUGAACGGUGAUAUGGUGAAGGUGCCUAUCCUCUUUCAUCACAAUUACAUGGCAGCCAUGAUGUUUGUGGUUGAGCUAAAGGCACAGGUGGCGCGGUUUGCCCUCUCCGGUGACAGCAGUCUUUAUAUCCUACUGCCUCGCUCCAGCAAAGCGGCUGACCUGCAGCACGUGGAGGAGAAGAUGACAGACACAGCUGUUCGUCAAAUGAUAGAACAAAUGAAAACAACACCUCCUCAGCAAAUUGAGGUUACCCUGCCCCAGAUCAAGCUGGAUGUCCAGCCAGACAUGAACAUACUUAUCAAAAAAUUAGGACUGUCGUCUCUCUUCGAGAAUCCCAACCUGUGUGGCCUUUACUCUGAAGACAAGUUGGUUCUGGACGAUGCCAGACACCGAGCCUUCUUCGCAUUGACCAAACAAGGGGUGGAGGCCGGCGCCAUCACCACUAUAUCGUUCUCUCGCUCCUCCUUAUCCUUCUUUGCCAUGCGGCCUUUCAUCAUGCUGUUGUGGAGUGACCAGGCCAAUGUGCCACUCUUUAUUGGCAGAGUGACCGACCCAUGAGCAGGAGGGCAGACACAGAAAGAGAGAGGGAGUGGAAAUGACGUAACAAAAGCACACAAGCAGGGAAGAAGCACAGAUAUAGCAAGCAAAACCUGCCUGAUAUAAUUGAAAUACAAGUCAUUUCAUUAUGUUACUAUUAUUUUUUCUGAAUAUUCAGUUGCUUUUUCAAAACUUGAUAUUAAACUAUAUUAAUUCAGUAUCAGUAUUGCUUCUUGUAGUCAUGUAGUGAGCCUUACAAAAACAUAUGCACAGGUUUGGAUUGUUUUCAAAUAUGAUGAUGAAUAAACACAUACGCACAUU